UAUGAAAGGGCCUCGAGAAACUGGGUGCAGACAUUAGCCGGUGAGCUCAGGAAAAUGAAUGUGCUGGGUCUUAUUAACUUUGUAUUCUGGUUUUCAGAGCAAGACAAAUUCUUGAUUUUGUUAUUUUAAAAUGGAGAAAUAUGAGAACCUAGGUCUGGUUGGUGAAGGCAGCUAUGGAGCAGUGAUGAAGUGUAAGAAUAAAAAUAAUGGAAGAAUAGUGGCCAUCAAGAAAUUCCUGGAGAGUGAAGAUAAUAAAACAGUUAAAAAAAUUGUUACUCGAGAAAUCAAACUAUUGAAGCAAUUGAGGCAUGAAAAUUUGGUGACUCUCUUGGAAGCGUUUAAGAAAAGGAAAAGAUGGUACCUAGUAUUUGAAUUUGUAGACCACACUAUACUUGAUGACUUGGACCUCUUUCCAAAUGGACUGGAAUACCCAAACGUUCAAAAGUAUUUGUUUCAGAUAAUUAAAGGAAUUGAAUUUUGUCAUAAUCACAAUAUUAUACACAGAGAUAUAAAGCCAGAGAACAUACUGAUUUCCAAGUCUGGAGUAGUGAAGCUGUGUGACUUUGGAUUUGCUCGCAUGUUGGGAGCACCUGGGGAAGUGUACACUGAUUAUGUGGCAACUCGUUGGUACAGAGCUCCAGAGCUUUUGGUUGGAGACAUAAAGUAUGGCAAAGCUGUUGAUAUAUGGGCCAUUGGUUGUUUGUUGAUUGAAAUGUUCACAGGGCAGCCCAUUUUUCCUGGGGAUUCUGAUCUUGAUCAACUGUAUCAUAUUGUGAAAUGUUUGGGGAAUUUAAUUCCAAGACAUCAGGAACUGCUCUAUAAGAACCAGCUCCUUGCCAAGGUGAAAUUGCCUGAAGCUGAAGUAUCUGAGUCUCUUGAAAGCCGCUUCCCAAAGCUCCCCACAGUGGUGAUUGAUAUAGCAAAGAAAUGUUUACAGGUUGAUCCUGACAAAAGGCCCUUCUGUGAUGAGCUUCUGCACCAUGACUUCUUUAACCAGGAUGGGUUUGCUGAGAGAUUUUCUCAGGAGUUAAAAUUAAAGAUACAGAAAGAUGCCAGAGAACUUUCUUCAUUAAAAUUAUCUAAAGUUAGUAAAAAGGAAAAAUCUGAUUCUUCAAGUAAAGAAAGAAAAACACUUGUUAUAAAGGAUGUCAAUGCUGAUCCUACAACUAGAAAUUCUAAAUUGAUCAAAAUAAAGCCACCAAAAGGCAAUAGUGAAAAGAUUGAAAAACCCAUCCGAACAUCCCAUCCCAGCUGUUGCCCUGACAAUGGAAUAAAUCAGAUAAGGACAAUUUAUCCAGCCACCUUUGGACUCCCCAGCAACAGCAGUAUAGAUUGCACAAAGAAUCCCAGCAUGGUGAUUCCUCCAGUUAUACACAAUAUUUCUAGCAUUGCUUGCAAUGUAAAUUCAGGAAUGGGGUCCAUUCUAGGAGGUCAUGCUUACAGGGUGGAUGAAAAAUCUAAAAAGAACUAUAUUCCACUUGUUAAACUGGGUAGCCAUUAUAAUGCUAACCUGACUACAUUGGUCUCUAAUGAAAAGAACAUUCUUCAGACAAACAAGAAAAGAUGGGAAUUCUCCAAGACAGAGGUUCACUUUCCUGAACUAAAUUAUCACCUCCCUGAGGUCAGAGGAAUCGAAGGCAUACGUACCAGAGUCCUCCCUGCCAGAUGCUCCAGAGGCCAACUUCCCUCAAGUAGAACACCCAAACUGAGGAAUAUUGAGGGCCUGCAUCAUGAUUGUACUCCAAAAUCCAGCAUGACAAGUUCCAGGAAUGAGACUAUUAAUAUCCUGGGAGAAGAACGACAUGGGAUAGAAUAUAUCCCAUUGAAUUGCCUUGUUUUUCCUGGGAGCAACACUAUGGAAAUGAAAGGGGAACAAAAGGACAAUGGUUUUUCAUUGUACUUAAAACAAAUUCAACAUUUCCCCACUAUCACAACAUUACCCCCUCCAUCUUGGUAAAUCUGUUUCAAGAUACCUCUGAAUGCAGAGGGGGAUUUCUAGCGACAUGAAUGAUCAUUUGCUGGUAGGAUGAAGAAUUAACUAAAUCUACUAGGUCAGAAUGGGGUAGGGGAGUGUGAGAUAAAAUAUGAAUUUUCAAAGAGAAAUAUAUAUUUUUUAAAAAGUUGAUGUUACUAAUGUGUUGAAGUCUCUAUUAUCUUUAUAAAUAUAUAUACACAUAUAUAUGUAUGUAUUUGUUUGGGGGCGAGAUUGUGAAGCAAUGACAAAGAGUGGGAGGUCGAGAAAAUGCCCUUCUUGGUCUUUCCCACUUCAUUAUUCAAUUACAAAAUACAUUAAAAACUUAAUUAUUCCUUGGCA